AUCCGGGCGCCGGGCACCGGGCGGGCGCCGGGCGCGGCGUGGCGGGGAAGAUGACCGCGGGCUCGGGCGUGCUUCUCGUCCUGCUCUGGCUCUCCGGCGCGCUCCGGGCCCAUAAUGGGGAUCUUACAGCCAGGGAGACCUGCAAGGCUGGAUUCUCUGAAGAAGAUUACACGGCAUUAAUCUCCCAAAACAUUCUGGAAGGAGAGAAGCUCCUCAAAGUCAAGUUCAGCAGCUGUUUGGGGACCAAGGGGACUCGGUAUGAGACCAACAGCAUGGACUUCAAAGUCGGGGCGGACGGAACGAUCUUCGCUGCCCGGGAGCUGCGGGUCCCCUCUGAGCAGGUGGCGUUCACUGUGACCGCGUGGGACCGCCAGACGGCCGAGCGGUGGGACGCCGUGGUGCGGCUGCUGGUGGCCCAGACCUCCUCGUCCGUGCACUCUGGACACAAGAAAGGAAAGAAGAGUACUGUUCUGGACCCUUCUCAGCUGCCGAACGACACCCUGUUGCCGUGGCCCCAGCGACAGAACUCCAACGGGUUGAGGAGACAGAAACGGGACUGGGUCAUCCCACCCAUCAACGUGCCAGAAAAUUCCCGUGGGCCUUUCCCCCAGCAGCUUGUGAGGAUCCGGUCCGACAAAGACAACGACAUUCCCAUCCGGUAUAGCGUCACGGGCGUGGGUGCCGACCAGCCCCCCAUGGAGGUCUUCAGCAUCGAUUCCAUGUCCGGCCGGAUGUACGUCACUCGGCCCAUGGACCGCGAGGAGCGAGCCUCCUAUCACCUCAGAGCCCACGCGGUGGACAUGAACGGAAACAAGGUGGAGAACCCCAUCGACCUGUACAUCUAUGUCAUCGACAUGAACGACAACCGCCCCGAGUUCGCCAACCAGGUCUACAACGGCUCCGUGGACGAGGGCUCCAAGCCAGGCACCUAUGUGAUGACAGUCACAGCCAAUGAUGCUGACGACAGCACCACAGCCAAUGGGAUGGUGAGGUACCGAAUCGUGACCCAGACCCCACAGAGCCCAUCCCAGAACAUGUUCACCAUCAACAGUGAGACAGGGGACAUCGUGACAGUGGCGGCUGGCCUGGACCGAGAGAAAGUUCAGCAGUACACAGUCAUCAUUCAGGCCACGGACAUGGAAGGAAACCUUAACUACGGCCUCUCAAACACAGCCACAGCCAUCGUCACGGUGACAGACGUGAACGACAACCCGCCAGAAUUCACCGCGAGCACGUAUGCAGGGGAAGUCCCCGAAAACCGGGUGGAAACGGUGGUCGCAAACCUCACUGUGAUGGACCGAGAUCAGCCCCACUCGCCAAACUGGAACGCCGUCUACCGUAUCAUCAGCGGGGACCCCUCGGGGCACUUCAGCAUCCGCACGGACCCUGUCACCAAUGAGGGCAUGGUCACCGUGGUGAAGGCAGUCGACUACGAGCUGAACAGAGCCUUCAUGCUGACCGUGAUGGUGUCCAACCAGGCGCCGCUGGCCAGCGGCAUCCAGAUGUCCUUCCAGUCCACCGCGGGGGUGACCAUCUCGGUCAUGGACAUCAACGAGGCCCCCUACUUCCCCUCGAACCACAAGCUGAUCCGCCUGGAGGAGGGCGUGCCCCCCGGCACCGUGCUGACCACGUUCUCGGCCGUGGACCCUGACCGGUUCAUGCAGCAGGCCGUGCGAUACUCAAAGCUGUCGGACCCGGCGAACUGGCUGCACAUUAACACCACCAACGGUCAGAUCACCACGGCGGCCAUCCUUGACCGCGAGUCCCUCUACGUCAAAAACAACGUCUACGAGGCCACCUUCCUGGCGGCUGACAAUGGGAUCCCCCCGGCCAGCGGCACCGGGACCCUCCAGAUCUAUCUCAUUGACAUCAAUGACAAUGCCCCCGAGCUGCUGCCCAAGGAGGCACAGAUCUGCGAGAAGCCCAGCCUGAACGCCAUCAACAUCACAGCAGCUGACGCUGACAUUGACCCCAACAUCGGCCCCUACGUCUUCGAGCUGCCCUUCGUCCCAGCCACCGUGCGGAAGAACUGGACCAUCAGCCGCUUAAAUGGUGACUAUGCCCAGCUCAGCUUGCGUAUCAUGUACCUGGAAGCCGGCAUGUACGAUGUCCCCAUCAUCGUCACAGACUCUGGGAACCCUCCCCUGUCCAACAUGUCCAUCAUCAAAGUCAAGGUGUGCCCAUGUGACGAGAACGGCGACUGUACCACCAUUGGUGCGGUGGCAGCAGCUGGUCUGGGCACCGGUGCCAUCGUGGCCAUCCUCAUCUGCAUCGUCAUCCUGCUGACCAUGGUCCUGCUGUUUGUCGUGUGGAUGAAACGGCGGGAGAAGGAGCGCCACACGAAGCAGUUGCUCAUUGACCCCGAGGACGACGUGCGUGACAACAUUCUCAAGUACGACGAGGAAGGGGGCGGCGAGGAGGACCAGGACUACGACCUCAGCCAACUGCAGCAGCCAGAGGCCAUGGAGCACGUGCUGAGCAAGGCCCCCGGGGUUCGGCGGGUGGACGAGCGGCCAGUGGGCGCCGAGCCCCAGUACCCGGUCAGGCCCGUGGUGCCCCAUCCAGGAGACAUCGGCGACUUCAUCAACGAGGGACUCCGGGCGGCUGACAAUGACCCCACAGCACCCCCCUACGACUCCCUGCUGGUCUUCGACUAUGAAGGGAGUGGCUCCACCGCGGGCUCCGUCAGCUCCCUGAACUCGUCCAGCUCCGGGGACCAAGACUACGAUUACCUGAACGACUGGGGGCCCAGGUUCAAGAAGCUGGCGGACAUGUACGGAGGCGGCGAGGAGGAUUAACCGCCCUCACCUCCCUGGACCAAAGCGAGAACCGCGCUCGGACAGACGCCAGAGGAGCAGGACUGCAGGAGGCAGCUGGUCUUCCCGGCUCCCUGCAGACGUGUCCUUAGUGAUGUGUUAGGGGGUCCCUCCCCGCCCCAGCCCCCCCAACAUUGAGCUGUCUGGCAUGAA